AUGGCCUUCACUACAGUGGCACUGCUGGCGGGCUGCCUCGGGCGCGCUGCCGCAGAGGCCUGCUCGUGCAAAGCAACGUGGAGCAACACCUUCUGCUCCAACCAAGAGGGCUGCCCAGCAACUGCCUGCGACGGUUCGUCCUUCAACUGGUGCGAAGUCGAACCCGCCGGCUGCGACGGGAGCUUCUACAGCUCGUACCAUGGGCACUACUGGAUGAUUUGCGAUCAGUCGACGCCCGUGAGCGGUCCAACUGACCAACCCUCCCAAUCGCCUCAUGAUGAUGAUGAUGAUGAUGACUCUCCCAUGAUGACUACAAUGAUCCUCGUCGCCCUUGUCCUUGCCUGCCUCCCUUUGUGCUGCUGCUGUGUGUUUCGGGUUGAGGAAGUAGAGAGCGACAAACUCGACACGCCCGCCGUCGGCUUUUGCUGCUGCUGUGUGGCUCCAAUUUAUAAAGUAGAGGGCGUGCGACCGAAGACGCCCUGUUGCUGGGAGGCUUCCGCGACCGAAGAAGGAGCCGCCCCGGGCGUGCGGCAGUUUGUAGAACGUCGGACAAUGGUGUGCCAGACGCCGUGCAUCCCGGAGAGCGUACGAAAGGUCUCGGCGAUUCUCUUGGCCACUGCGAACGUUGCCAUUAUUUUUACGUGGUUGCUUCGAAGUACUCUCCGGGGUCCAAUUAUAGGGACUUUCUUGCUGAGCGCAAUUUGUUUUGGAUGUACAGGAGGAGGAGAG